AUGUAUAGUAAUAAAAAAGUAUAUCUUUUUGCGUAUUUUUUAUUUCUUCUUUUUCUAUGUUUUCAAACAAGUUCUUGUAUAUAUCCAGGAAAUAAUUAUAUUUCAGAGUUAUUAAAAUUAGGGAUUUUUGAUAAAAAUACCAUGAAAAUAAAAAAUGAAGUAUAUCAAAGUAUCGAUAAGACACAUCAAAUAUUUUCAUCUUGUAAAACUUGUAUAAAGUUAAUACAACUAUUAACAAAAAUUAUUAAAAAUAAAAAAGAAAAUUAUAUUGAUAUUGCUAUUGAAGAAACUUUAGAAAUAAAUCUAUGUAACCCACAAUUAUGGAAACAAUAUUUUAAUUAUGAUGAAUUACUAUAUAAUGAAUAUGUUAUAGAUAAUUGUAAAUAUACUCAUAAAUUAGUUAAAGAAUAUAUUGAGGAUAAUAUAUAUAAAUUAUAUAAAAAUGAAAAAUUGUUUUAUGAGCAUGUCUGUGUAAAAAUUCAUCAUAUAUGCAAAAAAGCUAUAGAAGAAGCUCAAAAUAAUUCUAAUAAUAGUUUCAAAAUCAAACUUAUGUAUGAUUUGUAUUCCCAAUAUUUAGUCGACCAUGACAAUUAUAAUAUAACCCCAAAUGGAAUACCAUACAAAAUAAUAGAAAAAUAUAAAAACAAUAAUAAAGAAAAUAUUAAUAAAAAUAGUUAUAUAAUAAUUCAAUCUCAAAUAAAAAAUAUGAGUCAAAUAAAAAUAUACGACGACUUCAAAAGUGAACACUUCAGGGUUAUUAAAAUGAAUAAGUUAAAUGAUGAGGUUGCUGAAUUGUUCCUCAAAGUUGGAGUACAAACUAUGUUCACCUUCAUUUUUUAUAGCCAAUUUGAGGGAAAUGGACAAAUAUCAAAUGAUUCUAUAUUAGAUAUAAAAGUUGUAAUUUACGAUGCAAUAAAUAACAUUGAGGAUCUGGUUCCGAAGAAUUAUAAAAAUAAGUUAGUGAACAAUGACGAAACAUUUUUAUUAUACAAAUAA